AUGGGCGCAAAGUCGGGCGUCGCCCUCAAGUCACUGCAGUGGUUCUUCCGAGGCAUCGAGUUCCUGGCUGCAGUCCUCAUCCUCGCCGUCUACUCCUACUUCCUCGCCACGUUGGACAACCACGGCCUUAACAUCACAAAGACGCACCGAGCCGUAGAAGGCAUCUCGGGUGCCGGCGCGCUCUACACCCUGAUCGGUCUGAUCCUGCUAUGCUGCCUCGCGGGAAUCGCCUUCUUCUCCUUUCUCGCCAUCGUCCUCGACAUUGCCUUUGCCGGCGCCUUCAUCUACGUCGCCUGGGCUAACCGCUCCGGCGCCGGCAGCUGCAACGGCUACCUCGACACUCCAUUUGGCCGUGGCCAGGGCAGCAGCACUGCCUCUGGUGACGACGGCUUCACGCCUCUUCCUAGCUUCCGCACUGCCUGCCGUCUCCAGACUGCCUGUCUAGCCGUUGCUAUCAUCUCAACCGUUUUCUUCCUCAUCUCUGCUCUCCUAGAAGUUGCCCUGGUUCGCCACCACCGCAAGGCCAAGCGCUACGGUCCCGGCCCCGGAAACGACUACACUUCCGGCUACGGCCGUAAGCCCGGCUUCUUCGGGCGCUUCCGCCGCAACAAGAGGCGCGGGGAUGCCGAGUCCGAGAGCGCCCUCCCGGCCCACACCACACCUGCUCAACUCGAUGGCCGUCAGAGCUAUGCCACUGACAACACUGCCCACGGCAGCAAUGAGAACCCUUACGGCAGCGCCCACAACGCAAAGUACGAGACUGGCUACGGUUAUCCCCAGCAGGCUGCCAACGGUUACCAGUACGGUGACGGUACCUACAGCCGAACCUGA